AUGGCCGACUGGAAUAAAGGUCAAUGGAGCCAACCUCAACAGGGUUAUGUCCCGGUGGGCCCUAACCCAGGAUAUGCCCCGCAAUACGCCCCGACGUACGAGCAACCGCCGCCUCAAGGCCCGGUGUACGGUGACUCGAAGGAUCCGUACGAGGGGGACCGGUUUAAGCCAAAGAAGACGAUCAACGAUCCCGUCUUCCUGGCUCUCUUCAUCAUACAAUUUAUUGGCUUUGCUGGACUAUCUGGAUACGUGCUGAAUGCAUGGAUCUCAGCAGGUGGUUUGGGCGGUGGGCUCGGCAAAGGGAGCACGGGGACCUCAGUGACUCUGAACAGGAGUACCGUCUACCUAUUACUCCUCGUCACGGCUGCUGCAUUACUGCUGUCUACGGCCUAUCUCAUGCUAUGUCGCCUAUUUACAAGGCUUAUCAUGCAUGUCACCCUCGUCCUCUCCAUCCUAUUGAACAUCGGAAUCUGCGUCUACUACUGGAUCACAAAAUAUUACUCUGGAGCAAUCAUCUUCACGUUGAUCGCCCUCUUCUCCGUCUUCGCCUACUUCGGGAUGCGCGCGCGUAUACCGCUGGCGUCCCUGCUGCUCCAAGUGGUUAUGGAUGUUUCCAAACACCACAUGAGUGUAUACGUCGUCGCGUUCAUCGCGCUGUUGGUCCAGGCUGCUAUGGCUGUAUGGUACACAUUCACCGCAAUCGCAACGUACGCGAAGUGGACGCCUGGCAACCCAUCGUGUAGCACAGGGACGUCUUGCUCCUCGGGUACAGUCGCCGGCCUCAUCUUCUUCGAAACAUUCGCGUUCCUUUGGACCUCGCAAGUCAUCGGCAACGUCGCGCUGUCCACGCUCGCCGGAGGCCCAUACGGCUCAUGGUACUACUUCGGACCCAAGCAGCAAGGGCUAAUGCCACCACACCCAACGCUAUCCGCCUUCUCACGCGCGUCGACGCUCUCUCUGGGUUCCAUCGCGUUCGGAUCCUUGAUUGUCACACUGCUAGAGUUGCUCCGCCUCAUCCUCGAGGCGAUUCGCCACAAUGCCAAUGCAGAAGGCCAUCCCGUCGAAGCUAUCCUAGCUUGCUGCGCCGCAUGCUUUGUUGGCUGUAUCGAGAGCAUGGUGGAGUACUUCAACAGAUACGCAUACAUUGAAAUUGCACUUUACGGCAAGGCCUACAUCCCGGCUGCGAAAGAUACAUGGCGACUCUUCAAAGAUCGCGGGAUCGAUGCGCUCGUCAACGAUUCUUUGGUUAGCAUGAUGCUGACUUGGGGUGGCUACGCCGUUGGCCUCAUCUCGUCGCUGUUCGGGUACAUCUACCUCCGCUACACGGCUCCGUCGUAUAACGCCGACGGACAAUACACGGCACCCAUCGUGUUGUUCUCGUUCCUUAUUGGUCUGCAGUGUUCACUGACGUUGUCUUCUGCCAUCGAUGCCGGAGUGUCCACAAUCUUCGUUGGUCUUGGGGAGGAUCCCCAGGUCCUGGCUGCCCGUGCACCUGAGUUGUUCGGCAUGAUCGCCCAGCACUACCCUCACGUCACCCAGGGUGUUCCACGUGUAUGA